GCGGCAUUCCCGGCACCGUGGGGGGCGCUGUGUUCAUGAAUGCAGGGGCGGACGGGCAGGAAACAGCCGACUGUCUGCUUUCUGUGGACGUCCUCUCUCCGACCGGUGCUCUCCUCGCCUUCCCUCGCGCCGACCUGACCUUUGCCUACCGCCACUCGCCCUUCCAGCACAUGCCGAACUGUGCUGCUAUAGUGGGAGCAACUUUCGGGCUGAGGAGGAGCAGUGAGGCACGGGACAGGCAAAGGCGGUACAUGGACAGGCGCCGGCAGUCCCAGCCCAUUGCAGAUCGCUCUGUUGGCUGCAUAUUCCGCAACCCUGCACCUCCCUCUGCUUCUUCUCUCCUCUCUAGCUCUGCUCCUCCUGUGGGUUCCUCACCACCAGCUGGUUUAGCAGCAGCUGGUGCUUCAGCAGUUACUCUCCCUGCCUCUGCAGGUGCUCUGAUAGACCGGGCUGGGUUGAAAUGUCUGCAUGUUGGAGAUGCUUUUGUGUCGCCAAUGCAUGCUAACUUUCUGGUGAAUGGUGGGGCAUGCAGUAGCAAGGAUAUGGAAGGGCUGAUUGUUGAGGUGAAGAGGAGGGUACAAGAGGAAUUUGGGGUUGAACUCGUAGAAGAGGUUAGGCGGAUUCCAUAUGAAUGA